AUAUCCAUAUAUAAUCCGUCAGGAAAGCCGGGAGGUCAGUUUAAAAUUGAACUCGCUCUGCAACAAGCCACACGCUCUGGCCAGAGCAUCCUCGCCGCGGAGAAUCGACACCAUUUCGCGAUCGAAGCCGACGAUUCGAGCGUGCAUGGAACGCCGUCAUCGCCAUGCAUUCCGUCAGAGCCUGCCCCGUUCGCCGCCGGAGUUUCCUCGAGCUGCUCGCCGCGAAUCAUUGCGCACGCGCGAACCCGGGCCCUUCGCCUUUGCCUUCUUCCCCGGCGAAACGGUUCCUCAGAAGGUACACGAAUCGGAUUCGGAUUCCCAGAGCUCUGAGCUCACUUCCGGCAUCGACCCAAGAUCCCGACAUCCGUGACUGCAACGUGAUGAUCAAGAUCCUGGGCAGUGGGGGCGAGGUCAAGAAGGCGAGGAAGGUGUUCGACGAUAUGCCUCGACGGGAUGCUUUCUCUUAUUCGUCCAUGAUCAAGGCAUACCUCAAGAGCAAUGAUCUUCCCAAGGCUGAACGGCUCUUCUGGGAAAUGCCCGGGAGAAAUGUGGGAGUCGAUUCGGCGAUGAUAGAUGGGUAUGCGAAGGCUGGCCGUAUAGGUGAUGCCCAGAAGGUGUUCGAUGAAAUGACGGAGUGGAAUGUGUACUCGUGGACUAGCUUGAUUUCUGGGUACUUUAGGGGAGGGCAGGUCAACAAGGGUCUUGCGCUUUUCGAACAAAUGCCGGACAAGAAUGUGGUCUCUUGGACUACUGUUGUUCAAGGUUAUGCCUGCAAUGGUUUGAUUGAUCAAGCUCGUAAAACUUUCGAUCUGAUGCCUGAGAAGAACGUUGUUGCUUGGACAGUGAUGAUCAAGUCUUACAUUGAGAAUGGUCGAUUAGAUGAUGCAGAGCAACUCUUUAAGAUAAUGCCGCAGAAGAAUACAUAUUCUUGGAAUGUCAUGAUUCAAGGUUUGAUGUAUGGCAAUAGGGUAAUUGAAGCCAUUCGAAUGUUUAAUAUGAUGCCUCAAAGAAAUGAAGUUUCUUGGACUACUAUGGUUACUGGUCUAGCACGGAAUGGAAUGACUAAACACGCAAGGGGAUAUUUCGAGAAAAUGCCGAAUAAAGAUAUUGCGUCAUGGAAUGCUAUGGUCACGGCAUACGUUAAUGAAGGGCUUAUGCUUGAAGCUAAUGAAAUUUUCGGCUCAAUGCCGCAAAGGAACGUAGUCACCUGGAAUGCCAUGAUUGAUGGUUACGCGAGACAUGGCCCAGAAGGUGAAGCCUUACACCUUCUCAUUCACAUGCAGCGAUCUGGAUUUAGGCUAAAUGAGACGACGAUCACUAGUGCCUUAACCUCGUGCGAAGGCACGUUAGAAGUCAUGCAAGCUCAUGCACUAGUUAUACCUCUUGGGUUUGAGCAAGAUACGCCACUUGCUAAUGCCCUUAUUACCAUGUAUUCAAGAAAUGGGGAUCUUUUCUCUGCUAGGCUAGUCUUCGAGAAUCUCGAGUCUAAGGAUGUUGUCUCGUGGACCGCGAUGAUAUUAUCUUACGCAAAUCAUGGAUAUGGUCACCAUGCAUUGCAUGUGUUUGCACGCAUGCUAAGGGCAGGAACCACGCCAGACAAGAUCACAUUUGUAGGGGUUUUAUCGGCUUGUACUCAUGCUGGCAUGGUCAAGAAAGGUCGAAUGCUUUUUAACUCGAUGGUUGCCGCGUAUGCUUUAGAACCACAAGCAGAGCAUUACUGUUGCCUUGUGGAUAUGCUAGGUCGGGCAGGACAAGUAGAAGAGGCCUUGGAGGUUUUCUGCAAAAUGCCUCAGCGGGAACAAGAUGGUGCUGUCUUGGGCGCACUUCUAGGCGCUUGCAGGUUUCAUGGAGACGAUAGUCUAGCAAAUGUCCUAGGGGAGAAGCUAAUAGAGCUAGAGCCUGCUGCCGCGGGGCCUUACGUGCUAUGGGCUAAUGUGUUUGCUGCCAGUGGCAAGUGGAGCGAAUUCGCACAAGUGAGGAAGAAAAUGAAGGAACAGAAUGUGAGGAAAGUGCCGGGCUUCAGCCAAAUAGAAGUAAAUGGGAAGAGUCACGUUUUCUUUGCUGGGGACAGAUCACAUCCAGAGAUGGAGAGAGUCUAUACAUUGCUGCAGGAGAAGCUUAUGCCCCAAAUGCUUGAAACGGGUUUCACGAAACAGACCCGAUCUGUGCUGGUAUAGCUCAUACAGAAUCGCAUGCGCGUUAUCAAUGCAUCCAAGUGUGAGACGUUUUUUUCAACAGUCUCGGAUUCGGUUCCUCCGUGUUGGCUUUGGAUAUUCCGGAGACUGAAAGGUCUCUGUGUACGCAAAGUAUAGUCCUUCCGGGGGUAAUGUGCAGGUCAAUCGGCCCACUUCGAACCAGUCGAUUUUUCUGACCCAAUCUUUACUCACCACAACCGCGUUCCAAAUUCUGCCACGCUUCUCCGGAAGGCUGGAUUGCCGUUGAUCUUUCACCCCCUUAAGAUGAGCAAAAGAGAGUGAUUUUCCUCUGGAGCAGGUUGGCUGAAGCAGGAUACGGAAAGGGAGACCAGCUAAGAGCUACCAGCUCAGCAUUUGAAUGGCUUCUAAAAGAUGGACAUCCCUCGAACCCCAUUCGCCCCGGUAGCCGGGUAGUCAAGAGUUGUCCGAACGCAAUCGACGCUACGUUCAUAGUAGCUCGGGAAACCUGUUCCCAUCAUGUGGGUGGAGUCUUACCCGAUCGAAGGCAAGUAUGUGCAUCUUUUACCUACUAAUUAAGUAAAUUUCACGAGUUUUAC